CACCAAUCAAAGCUGCUAAGCGAGAAUGCCAAGAUCACAACUGUGAAUCGACUCUCGUCUGGAAACAGAGAUGCUUGCGAGAAACUUCAUCCGUAACACUGUACCCUUAGUAAGAUUGGCAUCGUGAGUCCAAUUAGGAAAUUUGGCUGCCACUAUUGUGGCUUUUCUUCGGCACAUCUGCUUGCACCAAGUCAACCAGGCUGCCCAAGUCUCACAACACAUGGUGUGAAUCGUGCUCAUGAAAGACGGACCCUGGUGAUAUCUGACUUAAAUCUUCCAGAUAUAAAAGAAGGUUGUAUCCGUCGUAGAACACUCCACCCAUUGCCAAAGGUUUAUUCAUUUGGCGCAUCGAAAAUCGCUCAAAAUGUCACCCUACGACAAUGGUCUUGUCUGGCAACAGACUGCUCCUGGAUUGUGGGAACGUGGAAUCGACGAGAUCGAAGAGUUCUACGCUACCAUGAAAGAACUCUACAGAGGAAGCGGCCGAAUGUUCUUUGCCAUGACCGGAUAUCUCUCCCUCAAUGUUGAUAUCUCCUCCUCAGAUACGACAGAGGACCAGGUUGAUGAUGCAAUCAAAAAGGCGUGGCUUACUCUACGCUACGAUCACCCGACUCUCGCAUCUCAAGUCGUCUAUUCCCCAGGAUCUGAGCCCGAGUGGAAGAAACAAUAUCGCCCAUUGACUACCAAAUUGUCGCAAGAUGAAUGGUUGAACGAAACGGUCGUGAUCAUCUCCAACGGCCAAACAGGAACAGAAUGGGUCAAUUCUGACCCACCAGCUCCAGAAAUACCUACACUCUUCCUCAUCCAUCCACCCAAGUCCACCUCAGAGAAAGAAACUGCUUCCAUCCGGCGAGACAUUGUCUUCCGCUCUCCUCACGAUAUCAUCGACGGCGUAGGCACACUCAUGAUGCUCAACAGUCUCCUGAACUACGCCAGCAAGACCUUCGAGGGCACAUACAUCCCCCCAAUUCUCGACGGCUCCGAAUCCGCCAACCUCUCACCCUCCUACCGCAUCGCCGCGAACCUCCCACCAACCCUCACCCCAGCGCAAACCCAACUCCUCGAAUCCAUCAUCGCCCAAAAGACCAACCUCGCCAACCCGGCCACCAACCCCCCUGACCUUUCACUCCCCUACAAACCCAGCAACCCAUCUUCAACCCUCCCGGGCAAACAUCAACGCUCAUUCCUAACCCUCACCGCCGCCCAAACAACCGCCCUCCUCACCGCAUGCAAAACCUCAAACAUGACACCCACCCACGCCUUCCACGCGGCCGCAGCCCUCGUUCUCCUCACCAUCCAGCCGACCCGACCCACGACGACGAAAGAAGUCCGCUACACGACGUACAUCCUCCGCAACGAGCGCCGCACCUGCGUCCCGCCCUACGACUCCGCAGCCCACGCCGCAGCUCUCUACCACUCCGUCUCCGGCGCCAGUCUCGCUGUCGACCUGCAGCUCCGAAGUCUCGAGGAUGAGCGGAAUUUCACGCAGCAGGAGAGGAAGGAAGAGUUCCGAGACGUGGUGAAGAGGUUUAGUGAUUACUAUCUCGCGGUGAAGUACGACGAGCAGCAUACGAUGCUUGUGCCCUCGCUGUGGGCCCUGGGGAUACCGAAGCUUCCGUCGAAGAAGGAGUCGGAACUGCAUUUCCCUGUCCCGCCGCCGAGGGUUGCGCCGUCUGUGUCGAUGUCGAGUAUGGGGAGGGUGGACGAGAUCGUCGCGCCGGAGGUUGGAAGGUUCAGGGUGGGUGAUGUGUGGGUUACGGGGGAGGAGCUGGGGAAUGGGUUGGGGUUGUUUUUGGGGACGUUUAAGGGGGAGUUGACAGUCAGUGCUGCGUGGAAUGAUGCGUGGCAUGAGGAGAAGGAGGUGCUGGAUUUCUUAGAGAGAUGUCGGGAUAUUGUUUUUGAGGGGCUUGAAAUUGGGUCUAUAUGAGGCUGGCGGAGUGUGUAUAUAUAAGUAGAUCAAGAGAAUGCAAGUCACAAAAGAUC